GGACCUCGGCCGUCGCCCCCUGACUGGACAGGCUUCGCAGCUCCCUGACCGCGUACUGGCGGCUGACGCGAGAGCUUGUAAUUAAGUAAGAAAACAGGCCUGGCUGGAGACUCAAGCAAAGGCUGGACACCUUCAUUUCCAGAACAGAAAGAAAACUCAUGCAUCAGAAAAGGUGACUAAUAAACAUAUCAAAAGAAUAUGGCCGCACAAAUACCAGAAUCUGAUCAGAUAAAACAGUUUAAAGAAUUCCUGGGAACCUACAAUAAACUUACAGAAACCUGCUUUUUAGACUGUGUUAAAGACUUCACAACAAGAGAUGUAAAACCUGAAGAGAUUACCUGUUCGGAACAUUGCUUACAGAAAUAUUUAAAAAUGACACAAAGAAUAUCUAUGAGGUUUCAGAAAUAUCAUAUUCAGCAGAAUGAAGCCCUAGCAGCCAAAGCAGGACUCCUGGGCCAGCCGCGAUAGGGAAGUCCCAGUGGAUGGACUUCAAUGAAACAUUGCCAACAGUCCUUGCACUGGAAAUGAGGAUUCAUCUCAUAGAAUCCUCUGAAAGCAGUAAGCACCCUGUAAAGCCUGUCUGUUGUGGCUACUUGGCAAAUGGAAACCACUGGAGAAGCAAAAACAUUGUUCCCCAGAAAUAAUCAAAACAGAAGGUCAUUGUUCAGUGAAAAUAGUAAGAUGUAACAUUUGUUGAAGUCUUAAGAUUUACGGCUUGGUCACUUUGGUUAGAAAAAUAAACUAUUGUU